AUGGCGAGACCGUUGGAAGGCAAGAGGGGCCAGUUAAGAGGUGAUGUGGGUAUGUUCGAGUCCCUUCCACAAGGACACAUUCCUUCAACGGGACAUUCGGGCUGCACUAAUGACCCCAACAACAAGAAUGGAUUUUGUCCGAACCCGCCGCAAGUCGGAGGUGAUCGGAGCGUAGUGUUUGAGUCCCUUCCGCAAGGACAAGUUCCUUCGACAGGGUACUCAGGCUGCACCAAUGACCCCAACAAUGAGGAUGGAUCUUGCCCAAACCCGCCGCUAGUCGGAGGUGAUCUAGGUGUAGUGUUCGAGUCCCUUCCACGAGGACAGGUUCCUCCGCCAGGGCACUCGAAUUGCACCAAUAAUCCCAACAGCAAAAAUGGGUCUUGUCCGAAUCCACCGCCAAUCGGAGGUGAUCUGAGUGUAGUGUUUGAGUCCCUUCCGCAAGGACAAGUUCCUUCACCAGGGCACUCGGGCUGUACUAACGACCCAAACAACCAGAAGGGGUCUUGUCCAAACCCGCUACAAGGUUAA